AGUGACAUCCAUCAACUUCUCCCUAUUGGCCUUCUAUACCAUGAGCUCUGGCUCCGCCCAGGAUGUGGCGGUGGAGCAUUUCUUGCGUGACAUAGAGAGGCGGGGCAAGCGGCUACAUUGUGCUGUGAUUGGUUGUGAGGAGCAGCGUCCCCGCGGCGACAUGAACCUGCUGUAUCGUAAGAGCCGGCUGGACUGGAGGCACAAGGACCAGGAUGGCAAUAAGAAGAGCUCCAGCCAGAAGGACCCCUCCUCAGCCACGGUGGGCAAGGUCCGUGACUUGGCAUCCUUCCGGCGCCACUUCCGCAUGGGCUUCAUGACCAUGCCUGCCUCCCAGGACCUGUCCCCUCACUCCUGUGCCUCCGCCAUGGCUCCCCGCUCCCAGUCCUGCCACGCCGUGGGCGCUGGAGACACAGGUCUGGAGAAUGGGGAAGAUUACUCUGACACCCAGUCACAGCACGGUGGGCGCUGCCCCCCUGCUAAACCCAAACGCCAUCCCAGCACCCGUCUCAGCUCCUCCUCGGAUCCAAGAGCACCUCACGCCCCACCGGACGCCCCUCCGCCACCCCCGCCCACUCACCCGCACUCAGAGAAGAAGAACGCCAUGAAGAAGUCUGACUCAGGGGACAUGUCCAAAAAGGUGCCGCCUUUGAAACCCAAACGAAGCCCCAGUACUCAGCUCUCGUUUGAGCCCCCAACUCCCUGUGUGCCCCCUCUUACCACGCCCAUCCAGGGGGGUGAGGGUCAGCCUCAGGGGGACGAUGAGCCCGUCUACAUAGAGAUGGUGGGCCAAGUGUUCACCAGGGAGAGCCAGACUGCCACCCCUCACCCUGUCACGCCCGUAGCCACCACGCCUGAUUCAGACUCAGACCAGAGUGAGGCCAUCUAUGAGGAGAUGAAGUACCCACUGCCAGAGGACAGAGAGGGACACAAACGCCUCCCUCUCAAACACGAGAGACUCAAAUCCUCCAAACACCACCACUCCUCCGCCCAUCUACCUCGCCCCUCCUCCUCCCCCUCCUGCUCCAAACCUAAAGCCACAGUGUCCAUCUCCCACUCCUCGCCCCUCCCCUCCUCCACCUCCUCCACCCCUGUCCCCCAGCCCCUCUCCUCCAGCCCGCACCCCCCACGAGCCCCUACGCCCUACCUCCUCCAGGGAAACAAAUCAGAGACAGAGUCCAACAGUAAGAUCCCAGCCCCCUUCCCCAACCUGCUGCAGCACCGGCCUCCGCUGCUCGCCUUCCCCCAGCCUGCUGCUGCCUCCAGUGGGGUCGGGGUCCAACACAAGGCUGCUUCUGCCAAACUGGGGACCAUCAGCAUUCAGACCUCCUCCAGUAUGACAGCUCCAUCUAGCACCUCCUCCUCCUCCACCACCCCCUCCUCUAACCUCCCUGUGCCCCUGUCAGGCUCUAAGGAGUCUAAGGACAGAGACAGAGACAGCCAGCUCGGCCCUGCACCAGGGCUAAGGGCCAGGAGCCACUCCACACCCCUGCCCCCUUCCUCUAAGUCCACCUCCCAUUCCCACCACCAUCCCCACCCUCACCACCGCCCCUCACACUACCACCACUACCGCAAGCCAGAAAGAGGAGACUCGCCCAACCCCAACACCAACAACAAGAAUGGUUCGGAGACCUUCUCCAAGUCCAUUGCCCAGACCCAGACCCAGGGCUCGGGCAAGGAGGGAAAGUCUGUGAGCUUCUGCUUGAAGUUAGACAAAGCAGAGAGGGACAGGGACAGAGAGAGGGAUAAGGACAGAGAGAGGGACAGAGAUGGUCACAGGGACGGUCACAGAGACAGAGACAGGGACAGUGACAGAGAGCGACACAGGGAGAGAGACAGAGAAGCAGGGUUCCACUUUACCUCCUCUCAGGCUGAGACCACCACAAACAACCUUUCAUCCCAGACCAGUGCCAGUUCAGCCACAACCUCGUCCUCCUCCUCUUCCUCCCACUCUCGCCCUCACUCUCGCUCCCAACUCCACCGCUACCACACCCCCCACGGCCUACCCGCCUACAAGCCCCCCUCCUCAGACAGCCCCCUGCUCUGGACCUACCCCUCGGUGGGCUUCCGGAGACCCCCGGCGUACGACAGCCUGCGAGGAGGGUCUCACCUGCCCUCCUUGCACCACCAGGGUCACGGUGAUGUGGCCUCUAAAAGCAGCACGGUGCCUGGGCCCGUCCAGGGGAAGGCUGGGUUCAUGCCCUGGGACAACAGUGGCUUUGGAGACGACGGGUCUUACUUGCCCAUGCAGAGGAAACUGUCCUUCAGCCAAGGCAGCAGAGAGACAGAGAGAGAGAAGGAUGAAGGGCGGGCGUGGAAUGGCAGUGCCGAUGCCCUCCUGAGGAUAGACAAGGAGGACCUGGGCCCUGGACGUCGAGGAGGAGGAGGCCACUCUGGGAUCCCAGUACGCUUCACUGGAGGGAGGGGGCUGGGCCACAGUGAGUCCCUGGCUGGGAUGGAGGGGGGGUCCUUGGGGUUCCGAGCCCUGCCUAGAGGGGGUCUCCCCCUCCCGUGCCAAACCUUUCCAGCCUGCCGCAAUGGAGAACUGGGUCGAUUGAGCCGCUCAUCAUCCACCUCUGGGGUGAGACAGGUGGGUGGAAGCCACGUUCAGUGGCAGAGCAGCCUGCCCCAUCGAGAGGUACUGAAUCAGUUGCAUGGGCUGUCCCAAUCCUCCCAAACGCCCUGCAGUCCUAUCCUGUCCAGACAGCAGCAGCAGCUCCAGCUCCAUCAGCAGCAGCUGCAGUUACAGCAACAGCUCCAGCAGCUGCAGCAGCAGCACCACCUCCAGCUGCAGUUCCAACACCUGGCCCAGCUGGCCCAGGGACAGCCUCCCACCACCGGGGGCGCUGCCACGUCCGCAGCCCAAACCCAGAGGGAUGGCAAGCUGCUGGAGGUCAUUGAGAGGAAGCGCUGCCUAUGCAAAGAGAUCAAGGCCCACCGCCGCCCAGAAAAGAACCUGUGUAAGCAGGACAGCAUGCCCAUCCUGCCCAGCUGGAGACGGACCCCUGAGCCCCGGAAGACGGGCACGCCCCCCUGUCAGAGGCCCCAGGCCGUGGUGUGGGACACAGCCAUCUGAGUGGAGGGUUGUUGGGGCAGCGGAGGUACAGUAGAAAAACAGGGGCAAGUAAAUAAGUACUAUUGGGUACGAUUGUGGUGAGAAUCAAGAAGUUUACACAUGGAGAGAGAUGGUGACAAUCCCUUUCUACAAAGGGAAAGAGGAUGGAGGACUAUUUCCUCUCUUAGGAAUGACAGUGUGAUUACCACCGACCUCCACAGAAGGGUGAAAAUAUACAUGAGAGUAAGAUGAGAGUUUUGUGCUCUCACAUAGUAAAAUAAACUUUAUUUGGAGCUGAUACAAGGUGUACCACGUUCAUGAAAUUUUUUGAGGUGUGUGGGCCAGAGAGAUAAUGAACUGAAACAUAAAUCGUUAUUUUGCCAAGAGUGAUCAACUCUACUUUGUAGAGAUAUACAAAGAUUGGGACGAUUCAGUUGAGGGAUAUACCAAUCCAAUUUGAAACCAAGAAGAGAUAUAUGUACAAUCUUUCAGUACAGUGUGAUUUCUUACACUUUAGUUUUAG